GAAGAACCGCUGAAGGUUUUGGCAAAGCCACAUCAUUAGGAGGACGACUAGAUAUGAAUGAAAUGCGCUUGUGACUAAGAAAUAUAGUGCAGUCACUUAUAUACUUACGACUGAAUUCGUGCGACAGGUUUAACCGGGUGUUUUUAUAAGUCUACCAAUGGAACAGAGGGUGUAAUUGGAGUUUUUGGUUUUAUUGAUGAUGAUGUAUCUAAAUUACAUAACAACAUAGGUAAAUAAUUAUAAUAUCAAUUUCAGUAUCAAAUGUCAAUUAUAUUUUUUUGAUAAAUGAUAUCGGCUACUGUUUACUUCUGUGUUUCUUACACGACAUUGAUCAAUUUUAUAAAUGAGUAUUUGUUUUUUGAACUAUCCUACUAUGAUUCUGUGUAAUUCUUUUACUUUUCAAUGUGCAUGUUAUUAACGAUACUACGAAGUAGGUAAUAAAAAACUUACAACGUUUCCAUCGUCGAUAAAUGUAAUAGAUUAAAGCACAUAAACAUAUACAAAAUCCAAUAUCGGUCAAAACUAUAAAACCAACUGCCACAAUAGCCAGGCGUUGGCGUGAUAGUGCUGGUGUAGUUUAAAUUAAAAAAAAUUCCUAUUUACAAUGAAUAAUUUUUUUUUUUGUAAAAUAAGUUACUGUAAGUCGCAAAAGUUCUACAUAGUGAUCGUGUUGUAGUCUGACGAUUUAUUGUUGUUCUAGGACUAUUAUUUAUUUGAAUGCGAAGUUCUGCAUUAGUUUUGUUAUUAACUCGUAUUAAAUUCGAUGUAACUGAUGCAUAGUUUGUCGGCAUUCACUUUUGGUAUUAUUUUUUUGUUUGACUUCUGUACUUGUUUUAUCCACUUACUUGAUAAAGGACAUGUGCUUUCGUCUCAUUUGUUUUAUAGUUGGUCUGCUUAUCAGAGAAACAGAACGGAAGUCUAUCAUUGAAGCUCUAUGUAAAAGAAUUGCUGUAUUAUUUAUGACUUUUAUGUACAUUUUUACCUUAGACUUUUGACAUAACGGUAAAAGAAAGAAUUUCCAACUUGAGCAUAUCGAGCUAUUAACAAAUACUAUCAAAAAGGUAAGUAAGAAUGAUUUGAAGCAUAUAACAUAAAUAUAUAAAACAGCUAUUGUUGUCUAAUGUAUUAUUACUAUUAAAGAGUUCGAUGAUAGCAUAGUAGCAUUGCUUUCACUAUCAAUGAAAGGAAUUUAUCUAACUACUAUAUGACUACAACUGCGUAUUGACAUAUUUUAUUUAUGUACAUAUAUAUUUAGUGCAUACACCAUGCUUUACAAAUGUACUAGCUGCAAAGCAGUAAAAUUCUUUAUUCAACUUUCACCUACUGAAACUGCAUAUUGUAAUAAAUGUCAAUGUUCGAGAUUAUUUUUGCGUGUCAGUUCAAUGCAUCUGCCUAUGAAAUCUAGUGAAUUGGUUUCUACUGCCAAACGAACAUCUGAAAGAUUAAUCAACAGCUUCAUAGACAAAAUAAGUGAUUAUUCAGAUGUUGAAAAAUAUCGAAGUAACUUGGAUCUAGCAGCAAGUCCGGCUACUAGUCUAAUUCCUUCUCCAAGUAUGACAACAUUUCAACCUUGUAAUUAUUUCAAACUAUGUCUCGAGUUUAUGCUCUCUUUGAAAUAUUCCAAAAAGCUUUUCAAUAGAAAACAUAAUCGAUGCUAUUGUGAAAAAUGCUAUUCAGCUAAUAGCAAAGAUUUUUAUGUAGAACCAGAUUCAAAAUAUGUUAUUCCGCGUGGUUGGGUUCGUUUCGGAUUGUAUGUUGAUGAUGCACAAGCACAAGCUGAAAAUAUAUGGAACAAAUGGAUUGUAAGUUAUCAUGGUACAAGUUCUCAAGCAGCGAAAUCCAUCAUUGAACAUCAUCAAUUUCUUCUUCCAGGAGAUCAAUGUAUUGGUGGACAUGUCAUUCGAAUAUGUGAAGGUCAUAUUCCGGGCAAAUUUCAAGUAUACACAUCUCCAACCAUUGCCUAUUCAGGCGAUGAUAUUUACAGUCCAUCUAUUCCAUUUCGUUCAACCUCAGGACAAUUUUAUAAAGCUAAAGACGUGUUACAAUGUCGUCAACAACCUGGAACAUAUAAGAUUCAAGCUGAAACCAUUCGUGCUGGCAGCAGACGUAUAUGCUCUAUUAUUCCUAACAGUGAAAUAGAAUACUUUACAGAAGUACGAUCAUCUAUCAUACCAUAUGGUUUACUUAUUCGUGUUUUUCAAUAA